GUAAAUCUUUGGUGUGGUAAGCAAAUCAGUUUGCACUAGCCGCCCGCCACUUACCCGCUGCCGCGACACAUCAUUAACUGCUACCUGAAAUCAAAAGACUUUUGAUUAGACCUUCCAGUUUCCUGCUGAUUUCCACCUACAACCACCCGACGACUUCCUUUUUAUUUUUUUUACUCGGGUCAGAGCACAAAACCUCUCCGACUUACUUUCCCUCCGUCGUUCCACCUUCACCCAAAAUCAAGGUCUUGCCCAAUUUCUUGCGAUUCCUUGCCCGACCAAGUCUUCCUCUACCCCUCCCCUCACUCUUUUUAUUUCACACAACCCUACGCCGAUCUCCGAAGCAGCUUAUUUUGAAGCUGCCCAUCAACUGCCAAGAUGAAGGUCACCUUCAAGGAGUUAUCGAACCAAAAGUUCACCCUAGACGUCGAGCCGAGCGAACAGAUCUCGGCCUUAAAGCAAAGAGUCUCCGAAGAGAAAGGAUGGGACCCUAAGGCUCUGAAGCUCAUCUACUCAGGCAAGAUUCUGAAGGAUGAGGAGACCGUCGCCUCCCACAAGAUCGAGGAGAAGGGCUAUGUUGUCUGUAUGGUGAGCAAGCCCAAGACUGCUCCCGCCACUACGGCUGCUGCCUCUUCGUCCAGCGCCGCUCCAGAGACCCCAGCACGAUCCGCCGCCGCGACACCUGCUGCCCCCGCCGCGCCGACCCAGGCUACCACAGCUGCUCCUGCUGUUCCAGCUACUCCCUCACCUGCUGCGCCUGCUAGUGGCAACGUUGGCGACACUUCUAUGGCCAUGGGCGAGGCACGAGCUGGCGUUAUCGCCAACAUGGAAGCCAUGGGUUUCGAGCGAUCCCAGAUUGAGGCGGCUCUGCGCGCCGCAUUUUACAACCCUGAUCGUGCUGUUGAAUACCUUCUGAACGGUAUCCCGGAGAGUGCUCGUCAGGCCGAGUCUCAGCGAGAGGCUCCCUCCGCACAACCCGCAGCAGGUGCUGCUGCUAUUGGGGGCGCAGCUGAUGAACCUGAGCCCGAGGCUGAGGGUGGCAAUGUCAACCUCUUUGAUUUGGCCGCUCAACAAGGUCGAGGAGGCAGCCGCGGUGGAGCUGGAGCUGGAGCCUCAGCUGCUGCUGCAGCUGCCGCUGCCGCUGCUAACCCCGGUGGUCAGACCCUCGGUAACCUUGAUUGGCUGCGUAACAACGCCCAAUUCCAGCAACUCCGACAGGUCGUCCAACAACAACCGCAGAUGCUCGAGCCGAUUCUACAGCAGCUUGGCGCUGGUAACCCUCAACUCGCGCAGUUGAUUUCCCAGAACCCCGAGCAAUUCUUGAACCUUUUGGGUGAGGCUGGGGAUGAUGAUGCACCUCUGCCCCCUGGUGCUCAGACUAUUGCUGUGACGGAGGAGGAGCGAGAUGCUAUUGAGCGACUAUGCCGAUUGGGUUUCGAUCGAGAUGCGGCGAUCCAGGCUUACUUUGCCUGCGACAAGAACGAGGAGUUGGCCGCCAACUUCCUAUUCGACCAGCCGGAGGAUGAUGAUCCGCCUCAGAACUGAUUUGCAUGGGUGAAUAGUGGUCCAGUUGUCAUCCAUCACGUCUUCCACGAUCUUAAGCCAGCCUCACGAUAUCCGACACGGCGCGUUAUAACUGCGCCAAUCCUCUUUAUUAAUGGCUAUAUUUGCUAUGCCUAAUGAUUUGACAUUUUGAGGCGGACAUCAUAAAGGUUUCAUUCGGAUCGACCCUUUCCAUAUGCACUAAGGGUCUUUCCGAUUUUCCCCCUUCCCCUUUUUUGCCCCCAUUCUGAAAUACGCAGUGAUUUCGGGGCAAGGCAUUGGAGUUCACCUCACGGUGUAUCUCCUAUCCCAACGAAUUGACAGGGAAGGAAAACGAAAGGUAGAGGAACCGAGUCUAGCUUAGUUCUGAAUUUUACACGAUGAUUUCCCAGUGACGAAGGAUCGGACAUCCGGAAGUUCUUCAACGUGACACCUUUUGUACAUGCCCCAUUUUCUUCGACAUGUUCUUUUGUGAUACCUUAUGAGAUGCAUGGUGCAUAGUACCUAUAACUAGUUCAUUUAUCAUGAUGCUGGUGUAAUUAGGUAAUAAUGGAAAUAGGUUUCGACACUUGCA